AUGGGUGCCGACUACAAUCCAGGGUAUGCCGGGCAGCAUCCCCAAACUUAUAGCGAAGAAAUACGAUUGCGCCGCCUGCAAGAAGUCCGUGAUAGAGUGGUCGCUCGAAACAUGCAGAAUACCUACGAGUACGAUUUUGGCAACACGGCGGGACACCACAUGAACGAGAACUACAGGAGGGACCACGGCGCACUCCCGUCGCGGCCACCGCCUGCCAAUGCUGGUUAUGUUUCGGGUGUCCAACAAGCCCGGGGUGGUUACGGGGCAAGCUUCCUGGAGCGCCAGAGCUCGACGCGCAGCCGGAGCGGACGGCAGCCGUCUCCGGCAGCGCCACCGCUGCGAUACCAGCCGGGUUACGAGAAUCUGCCGCUGCGACGCGGCUCGCACGGGCACCAUCGCUCGGUGGACGAGCGAGAAUACCGGCAAGAACCGCAACGAUCUCAGUCGGAGCGCAUCGUUCCCACGCGCAUGUCCCGACGAUACGAUGACGAGGCUGCGAUCCACUCGCCAUACAGCCGAGGACGCCGUGCCAGCGUUGGGCCGCCGCGCAGCUCCGCCAUGGCCGGCUUGAACGGCAAGGACCGGGGCAUGGGCCGGGUGGCUGAGUGGAGGGACUACGUCGAGGACGGCGUGCCGGAUGGUGAAUCCGUUGCAGGCCACCUUUGA